AUGACGGAUGAGCAGCGGAUGUCGCUGCUUCCCAGUGACCCAGAAUGGGACAGGAGAGUCAUCGGUUCCAAGAUCCAGGUGAUGGGAUGGACCUCCUACUCGACCCUGAUGCUGGUCCUCAAGCUGGCCAUGUUGUUCUUCUACCUGCGGUUGACGAACGGCCUCGGUCGUCGUUACCGCAUGCGAGUCCACGCUGGGUUCGUGAUCAUCAUCGCCGGCUGGCUCGCCUCCGUCCUGGCCGUCUUCGUCGGCUGCAUGCCCUUCCACAAAUACUGGCAGAUCAACCCCAACCCAGGCAACAGUUGCCAGCCCGCCAUCGCCGGUCCCAUCGUCUGGGCUUCCUUCGCCGCGAACGUCACAUCCGACAUCUACCUUAUUGUCAUUCCCCUUCCUCUUCUCUGGGGUUCCCGCCUGCGUCUCGUCGAGAAGAUCGGUUCCACCCUCGUUCUGAGCGCCGGCAUCUUUGUCCUCGUUUGCGCCACUUUGAAGACCAUCUUUGUCAUCACUGACGACGUCAACGGCGCCGAGCUCGCCGGCGCAUGGGGUACCCGCGAAGCCUUCGUCGCCGUCGUAACCACCAACCUCCCCAUGGUCUUCCCCCUCUUCAAAUCCUGGCUCAGACCCCUCUUCGGCUCUACCUCGCAGCGCACCACCGACAACAAGUACAAGACCCCGGAGGGCUUCCGCUCCAUCGGCGGCGGCGGCGGCGGCGGCUCCAAUUCGCACUCCCAGUUCAGGAGGGGCAACGGAAACAACUCGAAUAUUUUGACCAAUGUCACCUUUACCGAGAGCGAGGAGAGGAUCGUGAAUGAGAUCAAGAUGCAGAACAUGAAGACUGAUGUUUCGGGGGGCGCGAGGAGUAUGCAUACCAAGGAGACGGACCACAAGGGGAUUGUGGUGUUGACCGAGUUUGAUGUGAGUGAGGAUGCGAGGAGUGUGCAGCAUAGUGAGGCGGCGGCGCCGGCGAAGCCGAAGGAGACUUGGUGA